GUGUCAAAUUUGACAUUUAAUACAUAACCUAUUUUUAUAUCAAUUAAGGUUAAUUUAUUUGACAAUAUUCCGUACAAUAAAUAAUUACGUAACUUAGGUAGGAAUUUAAUUCGGCGUUUAUUUAUAAUUUUUAUCAGGACUUGAACCUUUAACCUUAUGCAUCGUAAUCAACGUAAUAUUGUAUGUAAAUGUUUGUUUAUUAAUCGCACCUUAUGACAGUGCCUUAAGGAUAGAAAACGACGAGUCAGCAAUUACAUUUUAAAUUUUCCGUGAAUAACAUUAAUGAGAAAACCAGUUUCGAAGGAAGACACACUUUUAAAACGCUUUUAGUGUUCAAGGAUCGCGUUAUCAUUGCGUUACGUCAACAAUUUGUAUAUUUUGAAGUGAUUUUAAGUGAUUAAAAAAUGCCGAAACCGAAUCAAGUAGAAAGUAAAAAGCCAAUUAGAAGUCCGGCGAAAGAGAUGUUAAUUAAAGCGUAUUUACUUAGUUAUAAUUUUAUACAAACUUUAGGUUGGUCUUAUUUGUUGUAUCAAAUAUUUGAGUUUUAUUUAUUGAAACGUGAGGGGACCUUAUAUGAUCAAGUUGGAACAACUUUAUUAAUAUUUCAAAAUGCUGCUAUCUUAGAAGCUGUUAAUGCGAUAUACAAAUUAAUAAGUUCAAAUCCUGCAAUAGUUAUCCCACAGAUUUAUUCAAGAAUUUUUGUCGUUUGUGGCAUUUUAUUACCUUUAUCGGAUUCUCAAAGUACAAUCGGAUUCCCACUUUUAUUAUUCGCAUGGAGUAUAACUGAAAUUAUACGAUAUUCUACUUAUACCUUGAACUUGAUUAAUAUUCAAUUGUAUAUUUUAAAAUGGUUAAGAUAUACAUUGUUUAUUGCUUUAUACCCAAUUGGUGUAACUGGUGAAUUAUUAUGUAUGUAUUGGGCUGUAAUGGAAGUAUCAAGAACAAAGUUAUGGUGCUGGGAGCUUCCAAAUAAGUACAAUGUAGUGUUUUAUUACCACUUUUACAUUGUCUUCAAUAUGAUUUUAUAUAUCCCAAUUUUCCCUCAAUUAUAUUUACAUAUGUUUUCGCAAAGAAGAAAAGUCUUAGGGGCAUCUACAAAAAAGACAAAUUGAAGUGUAUUAAAGACAGUAAAGUUUUAUGGGCAAGGGGUCAACUUAAUACGUAAUUUUUUAUAAAUAUAUCCAUUCCAUUUCAAACAA